AAAACGCAAUAAAAGAGUCUCUGUCAAUAACAUUUCUUUAUUAUCUCGCUUCACCAGUUUCGCCCUGAAAUCGUGAAAUCAUCUGAAUUAGGGCUUCUUCAUCUUUCCGUUUGCGAUCAAUCGGCGAUUUCGAAUUCAUCACUGUUCGUCUCAGGCUACAAUUCCCCGUUGAUUAGUCGAUAGACCUCCCGAAUUGUUGAAGGGGAGGAAUUUGAGUAUGGGCGGCGGUGAUAAUAGUGCUGCGGCGGCUAAAGAGGAUAACGAGAAUAACGCCACCGGCGAUCAAAAAGUUACAAUUAAUGUCCGAUGUUCCAACGGCUCCAAAUUCUCCGUUCAGGUGACUCUAGACUCAAGCGUUGGAUCCUUCAAGUCCACCCUUUCUCAGCACUCCGACAUUCCUGCCGAGCAGCAGAGAUUGAUCUAUAAAGGCCGGAUCUUAAAGGACGAACAAACCCUAGCAAGCUACGGUCUUGAGGAAGAUCAUACUGUUCAUUUGGUUCGAGGUUUUGCACCAGCUGCCGCUGUCAAUACUGCAAGUGCAGUCAAUACUGGAAAUCCAAAUGCUAAUCAGAAUGCACCCUCUGAUGCCGCUCCAAAUGUAGGCGGACCAUUUGCUGGAUCGGGCCUUGGGGCUUCAUUGUUUCCUGGUCUUGGAAGUGGCGGCAGUGGUGGUGGUCUACUUGGAGCUGGCCUUCCGGAUUUUGAGCAGGUGCAACAGCAGUUGACCCAGAACCCCAAUAUGAUGAGAGACAUGCUGAAUAUGCCUCUCGUUCAGAAUUUAAUGAAUAACCCAGACAUCAUCCGUAACAUGAUCAUGAACAAUCCUCAAAUGCGAGAGAUCAUGGAUCGUAAUCCUGAGCUUGCCCAUGUUCUCAAUGAUCCUGCUACUCUUCGGCAGACAAUGGAGGCUGCACGAAACCCUGAACUUAUGCGUGAGAUGAUGCGUAAUACUGACAGGGCAAUGAGCAAUAUUGAAUCUUCUCCCGAGGGAUUUAACAUGCUGAGGCGCAUGUAUGAAAAUGUCCAAGAGCCUUUCCUAAAUGCAACAACUAUGGGUGGAGAUGCAAGAAGUGAUGUGGGUUCAAACCCGUUUGCAGCUCUUUUGGGUGCCCAGGGUGCGGGGCAAGGAAGAGACCAGUCAACUAAUCCUCCAACUACUGGUUCUGAGGCUACAGCUAACACACCUGCUCCAAAUACUAAUCCACUUCCUAAUCCUUGGGCUUCUGCUGGCACUGGAGCUGGCCAAACUAAUACCACUGCUAGGUCAAACACUGCUGGGGAAACCAGGGCACCACCGCCUUCUGGCUUAGGUGGACUUGUGCUCCCAGAUCUUGAGGGAAUGCUGGGUGGCAUGCCAGAUGCUGCUUCACUAAAUCAGAUGAUGCAGAACCCGGCCGUCUCACAGAUGAUGCAGUCUCUCCUCUCAAAUCCUCAAUACAUGAACCAGAUGCUUGGGAUGAAUCCACAGCUGAGGAACAUGCUUGAUUCCAACUCCCAUCUUCGAGAAAUGAUGCAAAACCCUGAAUUUAUUCGACAGAUGACUUCCCCCGAGACAAUGCAGCAACUUAUGACUUUCCAGCAAGGGCUUUUGUCUCAACUUGGUCGACAACCAACAAACCAACCGGGUCAGAAUGCGGGAGGUGCAGCCCUUGACAACAACAUGGGAAUGGAAAUGCUGAUGAAUAUGUUUGGUGGACUUGGGUCAGGGGGUUUGGGUGGUGUCCCCAACAGAUCCAAUGUGCCUCCGGAGGAAUUGUACGCCACUCAGCUAGCACAGUUGCAAGAUAUGGGUUUCUUUGACACUCAAGAAAAUAUCAGAGCAUUGGUUGCCACUGCAGGCAAUGUUCAUGCCGCAGUAGAAAGACUUCUUGGAAAUCUUGGACAGUAAUGUUUUUAUCAUUCUCUUUCAUAUGACUAUAGCUUCUGAUGGGGACAAAGAUGAAGUCGGUUUGUUUGGACAUGACGAGCAUCAAAUCUUAAUUGGAAGGAGCAUUGAGUUUUAGUUGGAAAUAUUUAUUUGAAGUUUAUUUUUGAAAAGGACUCUCUAACUGUUGUCUCCCAUUCUCAUUUCCCUUGGACCAAAAACAAAAGGAAAUUGAUGGAAGAACCAAGUUGUUUUGUCCCUUGUACAUACAAUGUUAAAAUUGGUAUAUUAUAAUUUGUACUUCA